UGAUCACUCGAACCGCACACUACGCCAUCCAUCAAUCAUCCAUCUACCCGCUGGUGAUGUGUUGAAUGUCGUGAUCGACGUGUGGGCCCCAGUGGUCCAUGCCGACGAUACUGUCCGACUCCUGUCCUGCUCGCGAACGUAGCAAAUCUAUCCCCAUCGUCAUCUGAGACUUUGAAAAGCAGACCAAAGCUGCCCGCUUGAAGAAGGUCCAAACAGAGUACCGGUGACCUUACAUCCAUUCCAUUCAUGUCAUGGAUUCUCUCGCCCUCCAUAGCCUUUCAGCUUUGCUGCUUCUUCUCAUCACCUCUGCUUCAGCUGCAGCUUCGGACCCAACAAAUCAGUUUUGUGAUGCUAGAAUUGGAUAUGGAGACUCUGGCUGCGGAGUUUCGGCAGCGGCAUCGUCAUCUAAGAUAUUGAUUAAGGGUGGAACUGUUGUCAAUGCUCAUCACCAAGAGAUUGCUGAUGUCUUUGUUGAACAUGGGAUCAUCGUUGAUGUGAAGCCCAACAUCAAGAUCGGUGAUGAUGUUACAGUACUCGAUGCCACUGGAAAAUUUGUCAUGCCAGGAGGAAUCGACCCGCAUACCCAUUUGGCUUUUGACUUUAUGGGUACUCGGACAAUUGAUGACUUCUUCAGUGGUCAGGCUGCAGCAUUAGCUGGUGGGACAACUAUGCAUAUUGACUUUGCUAUACCAGUUGGUGGGAGUUUGAUAGCUGGUUUUGAAGCCUAUGAGGAGAGAGCUGAAAAAUCUGUUAUGGAUUAUGGUUUCCACAUGGCCGUCACAAAAUGGGAUGACACCGUCUCUAAAGAGAUGGAGAUAAUGGUUAACGAGAAAGGCAUCAAUUCCUUCAAGUUUUUCAUGGCAUACAAAGGAGCCCUCAUGAUCAAUGACGUGCUUCUCUUAGAAGGGCUCAAGAAGUGCAAGUCUCUUGGGGCGCUGGCCAUGGUUCAUGCAGAACACGGUGAUGCGGUAUUUGAAGGUCAGAAAAGAAUGAUUGAGCUUGGAAUUACAGGACCAGAGGGGCAUGCACUUUCAAGGCCUGCAGUGUUAGAAGGAGAAGCGACAGCUCGGGCGAUUCGUCUGGCAGCUUUUGUAAACACUCCUCUAUACGUAGUUCACGUGAUGAGCAUUGAUGCGAUGGAAGAAAUUGCAAAAGCUCGAAAAUCAGGGCAGAAGGUUAUCGGAGAGCCAAUUGUUGCUGGACUGGUCCUGGAUGAUUCUGGGCCUUGGGAUCCUGAUUUUGUUACCGCAGCAAAGUAUGUCAUGAGUCCGCCUAUUCGAGCAGCUGGGCAUGGCAAAGCUCUUCAGGCUGCUCUUUCUACAGGGAUUCUACAGCUUGUUGGAACCGACCAUUGUGUCUUUAACUCCACCCAAAAAUCUCUAGGAAUCGAUGAUUUCCGAAAAAUCCCAAAUGGCGUUAAUGGCAUUGAGGAGAGGAUGCAUCUGGUUUGGGAUACUAUGGUGGAAUCAGGACAAAUCUCUGUUUCUGAUUACGUACGAAUAACAAGCACCGAAAGUGCCAGAAUUUUCAACAUAUAUCCAAGGAAGGGAGCUAUUCUUGCCGGAUCCGAUGCGGAUAUUAUCAUCCUUAACCCAAACUCAAGUUUUGAGAUAAGUACAAGCACCCACCAUUCUAGAACAGAUACAAACGUUUUCGAGGGAAGGAGAGGCAAGGGAAAGGUUGAAGUGACAAUUGCUGGAGGAAGAAUCGUUUGGAUAAACGAUGAACUUAAGGUCACGCCUGGCUCUGGAAAGUAUGUGAAAAUGCCACCUUUCAGUUAUCUUUUCGCAGGAAUCGACAAGGUCGAUGCUAUGUAUUUCUCCUCCCUUAAAGCUCCGGUGAAGCGAGCGUGGUGAAGAUCCUUUUCGUUUUCAAAUUUUAGCACAAGUGUAUGAGUUGAAGGAGUAAUAUAUCCGUAACUCGCGUAUGUUUUAUCUGAACUUACACGGAUGGUUGAUGAUGAAAGCAUUCCCCAGUCUUAUGGAUUUGGGAGAACAGUGAUGCAAGCGGGCUCCAACUUCUUGUUAAUUCGGUGCAUAUUUUUCAUUCGGGUACAAUGGCCGGCGUCUUUUUGGUUUC